UCUGUGUGAGAGAGCAGAGCGGACUACGCCAACAUCUCUUCUUCUUACCAGAGGAAAUACACACCGACUCAUUCUCACAGCUACGGAGCAGUUACACCUUAUCAGUACUCUACCGAAUUACCGGGACAUCUUCUACCCAAGGAGACUAGAAUAAAGAAAGGAAAAACACGUUAAACGGUUAAAUUAGAGGAGCCGAUAUACCGAUAUCCCAGCAACACGAAAGACAGACUUGGCUAGUCCACCAGGAUAACAUACCGGAGCUUUCGGGAGCACGAGGAAAGGGAGAGGGAUAAAGGAGGAGAAGACAGGAUGAUUCUCAAGCAUCAUUUGGUUCUGACGCUGUGCGCCGUCUACGGGAUACUGCUAAAAGUGACGGCACAGAAAAGCACAUUGAGAGGGUCGUCAGGGCAGCAACCCUUGGUCCAGAAUCAGACAGUAACAGAGGGGGGGACUGCCAACAUGACUUGCAGGGUAGAGUACAACGACCAAACUUCCCUCCAGUGGUCUAACCCUGCACAGCAGACACUGUUCUUCGGAGACAAGAAAGCUUUGAGAGAUAACCGUAUCGAGCUAGUCCGAGCGUCGUGGUCGGAGCUGACCAUUAGUAUCAGUGAGGUGACACUGGCUGACGAGGGGAUGUACACCUGUUCUCUAUUCACCAUGCCUGUGAAGACCGCCAAGGCCUACCUUACUGUACUGGGGGUGCCAGAGAUGCCAGAGAUAGAUGGUCUGACAAAGCCUGCCCUGGAGGGAGAUGAGAUCACUCUGACCUGCAUGACCCACGGCUCCAAGCCUGCUGCUGACCUCCGCUGGUUCAGGAACGAGAAGGAGAUCAAAGGUGCCAAGGAGGUGAAUGCCAGUGGAAAGACCUUCACAGUGACCAGUUCUCUACAGCUGCUAGUAGACCGGGACGAUGAUGGGGCAGCGUACACCUGUAAAGUAGACCAUGUUGCCCUGUUACAGACACCACAACAGACUACUGAAGUACUGGAGGUGCACUAUGCUCCUCGUGUGGCGAUCACCAAUUCGUUGACGUUCCCUCAGGAGGGUCAAUACCUGAAGCUGGAGUGUGUAUCCAAAGGAAACCCAUCGCCAGACCCUGUGAUGUGGACUAAGGAUGGAGGAGAACUUCCAGAUUUGGAGCGUAUGAUUGUAGAGGGAAGAGAGCUCACCUUCACCACCUUGAACAAAACAGAUAACGGAACGUACCGCUGUGAAGCCUCCAACCACCUGGGCACCAGCACUGCUGAAUACCUGCUCUAUGUCUACGACGUCCCCAGCACCCUCCCUCCAUCCACCACCCCAACUCCCCGCCCCACCCCACCAGACACCACCGCCCCCUUAGACCCCCACCUGGCCUCCUCAGACCCUCCAAACACCAACAACAGAGACCCCAACGCCAUGGGCAGCAUGGUCCAGACCAUGCUCUGAUUGGAGGAGUGGUGGCGGUGGUGGUCUUCGUCACCUUGUGUCUCAUCAUCGUUCUGGGCCGCUACCUGGCCAGGCAUAAAGGAACGUACCUGACCAACGAGGCCAAAGGAGCGGACGACGCGCCUGAUGCUGAUACAGCUAUCAUCAACGCAGAGGGCAACACACAUGCUGAGGAGAAGAAGGAGUACUUUAUCUAGACUGUAGAGGGCGCUGAUCUGCUGCCCACUCUUUCUCUCUGUCUUUGUCUCUAUUCCUCUAUCGCUCCCUCUCUCCCCCUCUCAUUCUCUUUAUCUCUUUCUUCAUCCCGUUCUAUACUUUAUUUAGACUACAGAGGGAGAUAUGCUGCCCCCUCUUUCUCUCCCUUUUUCUCUCUCUCUCUCUUUCCAUUUUCUCCUUCUGUCUCUCUGUCUAUCCACUGCCCCUGCUGCAUCACUAAGGAAACCCCGUGGAAAAACUCCACCUUCUCCUUCUCUCCCCUCAUCCCUUCUUCCCUGCUGGCCUUUCUGUUCUCUUUUUUUUAAUCAUUUCAUUCUGACCCUUCACUUCUUCUACACUUUUUUUGAUAUUUUUUUAACCGUCCUAGUUUCUGACGCCGGCCUUCGUUUUUAAAGGCAGCGCCCUCUACUGGCUGUCUGGAGAUGUUGCCUUUUAUUUUGUACUUUUUUUUCUUUCAAUUUUACAUAUUGUAUGUGAAAUAAACCCCUGAGAAUCUGCAUAUCCACCGACACCGAGACCACUUCAGACUCCUUAUUAAACGCCUCAACACCUCCUCACACACACACACACUCCCACACACACACACAUUCCCUGUGUGUAAACACACACCCUCACGUUUACACGGUGCCUCAAAUAUGCCGCCUUCAUUCACACUGUCAGCAACGCUGUUGUUUAACUGCUUCAUGCCAUUCAUUUACAUUGAUGCUACAAAUACUCUCUUUUUAUUUCCGCCUGUCGUAUCACAGCUCCUGGGCUUGAACGUUGUUUAAUUCAACAUUUUACCUUUUUUGAUUUGUUAUUUAAAUGAAUAUGUGUGCUGGUUACGCCUUAUGUCUUUCAGACAAAAUUAUACUUUAGAUGAUCUGUCUCCUUCACUGUCCCCUUUCACUUCUCCCCUUCACUGUCCUCCUUCACUGGCUCCUUCACUGUCCUCUUUCACUGGUUCCUUCACUCUCUCCUUCACUGGUUCCUUCACUGUCCUCUUUCACUGGCUCCUUCACUGUACUCCUUCACUGUCCUCAUUCACUGGCUCCUUCACUCUCUCCUUCACUGGCUCCUUCACUGGCCUCUUUCACUGGCUCCUUCACUAUCUUCUUUCACUGGCUCCUUCACUCUCUCCUUCACUGGUUCCUUCACUGUCCUCUUUCACUGGCUCCUUCACUGUCCUCCUUCACUGUCCUCUUUCACUGUCCUCUUUCACUGGCUCCUUCACUCUCUCCUUCACUGUCCCCUUCACUGGCUCCUUCACUCUCUCCUUCACUCUCUCCUUCACUGUCCUCUUUCACUGUCCUCCUUCACUGUCCCCCUUCACUGUCCCCUUCACUGGCUCCUUCACUGUCUCCUUCACUGUCCCCUUCACUGUCUCCUUCACUGUCAUCUUUCUCUGGCUCCUUCACUCUCUUCUUUACUGUCUCCUUCACUGUCUCCUUCACUGUCCCCUUUCACUGUCCCCUUUCACUGUCUCCUUCACUGGCUCCUUCACUCUCUCCUUCACUGUCCCCUUCACUGUCCCUUCACUGUCCCCUUUCACUGUCUCCUUCAUUGUCCCCUUCACUGUCUGCUUCACUGUCUCCUUCAUUGCCCCCUUCACUGUUCAAUUACACUGUCUCCUUCACUACCCCUCUAAUGUUCCCAUCACUGUCCCCUUCACUGGCACCUUCACUGUCCCCUUCACUAACCCUUUGCUGUUCCCUUCAAUGUCCCCUUCCCUAGCCCUUCACUGUCCCCUUCAAUGUCCCCUUCACUAACCCUUCAAUGUUCCCUUCACUGGCCCCUUCACUGGCACCUUCACUGUCCCCUUCACUAACCCUUUGCUGUCCCCUUCACUGUCCCCUUCAAUGUCCCCUUCACUGUCCCUUUCACUGUCCCCUUCACUAACCCUUCAAUGUUCCCUUCACUGUCCCCUUCCCUAACCCUUCACUGUCCCCUUCACUAACCCUUCAAUGUUCCCUUCACUGUCCCCUUCACUGUCCCCUUCAAUGUUCCCUUCACUGUCCCCUUCACUGGCCCCUUCACUGACACCCUGAAUAAAACUGUACAUGAGGAAAAUAAUAGACUUGUAAACAAUAGCCCUUGCCUCCUGUAUGACAGGACAGAGGGUUUUCUGGUAUAAUACAAACUGUAUUCAAGACAAAAUGGCCCAUUGUAUGAUAAGAUAGGAGGUUUUUUGUGAACACUGUAGCCAGACAUUUUGUGAGAUAUGGUAUGUGUGUCAUUUGUUCUUCAUUAGUCAUUGGUUCAUAUAGGUGGUAGUCUUUAAGACAGACGAACCGAUUGAUCAUUAACGACACUCAUAAUAUACAUUCUGAACACCAAAAAGGUUACGAAAACGAUGCUGGGUGAAGGUUUAUAUCAAAUGAAUUGAAACAACAAUCAAUCAAUUAAUGUCUUGCUUUUUAUCAUGCAUAAUCAUUACGUUGAUUACUUCAAACUGUCUGUGAUACAUGAUGCGUCUGUCUGUAUAUUCCUGUUCAGAACCCUGCUGCGCUAACGCAACAUUCUCACAGUGUCACCUUGGAAACUUAGUAUCUAUCUAUCUACAUCGCCAUCGGUUGCCGAAGGGAUGUAGAACGAUGCUAUAUUUUGGGUAGUCAGUGCUUGACUUGGGCCAGAGUUGUCUACAGGCGCUCUAAAUUGGGGAGGGGGGCACGACUGCGUACCGUUUCCUUUAUAAAACAAAGUGGUCUAUCACCGGCCCGGAUUCACACACAGAGACACAAAAGAAAGUAAGAAAGACUGAUCAAAGUUGGAAUGAAGGCGGGAUCUGCAUUGAAUAGCAAUGGAGAGUGUGCAUUCAACUGUUAAUUCUGCUUUGUUCAAGCUUAUUUGACGGUAGUCUGCAAAUCCGCUAAUUCUACUUUGUUGAAGUUUAUUUGACAGUAGUCCGUAAAUCCGGUUUAUGCGUGCCAGUUGACUGUUCAAAUUAGUAAAUACGACAGCUUGAAAGCGCAAGAAGUUGCUGUUCCAAAUUGAUCUUAACAUGAAAAUCCUGGAAAAGUCAUAUUAUUGCGUUUUCCUUUUUAAAUGUAUUACCAAUCACUUUUAACAAAUCUACAUAUCAGCCCUGAUCAGAAUGAGGCCUUUACCCUUCAGCAUGUGUGUGCUGUGGAUCAUCUGUUAAAGGUUCAAUUAAAAUAUAUAUUUUUUAAUCUGUGUGCCAGUGCAGUUGACUGAGGAGAGAGAGAUGUUUCAGCAGCAGGUAGAAAUAUAACAUAAAAUAACUAAAUAGCCCAUUCCAAACAUAACUAGCCAUGCUACAGGCUAUCUCGCUAGUUAGCGGCGUUUUGUGUUCUUGUUGUUGUUGCUAUAGACCUAAAGCAUUAAUGUCGUUGACUCCAAUGGUUCUGUUGAGAAAUACAUCUAACAGAAGGCUAUGUCACUCCAACAAACGUCUAAGAAUAGCCUAAUUGAAAAAUGGCUUCCAUGCUUUGCAUAGAUCUCCCCUGAAACAUGAAUAUUUUAGCCUUAUAAGGUCAUAGAUAACCACGUCUUAGUUAGCUACCUUCCUUUGACUUCAUCCAUUUUAGCCCUGAUUCAUUGAACGAGGAAAUAAUUAUAUAAAGACAUAAAAGUAUUUGGUUGUAAUAUUGUAACUUUUUAUAUUAGGUUGUGGCCAACCGUCGCCCAUGAGAGGGAGUGCAGGCUUUUAUUCCAUCCCUGCUCUAAUACUCCACCCUGUAGCUUAAACAUCAGCUGCUCAACAGGACCUUGCUGUAAGCAGACUCGGAUGUGUUUCAGGGCUGUCUGCAUGCCCUGGGGCGGCAGGGUAGCCUAGUUGUUAAGAGUGUUGGACUAAUAACCGAAAGGUUGAAAGUUCAAACCCCCGAGCUGACAAGGUACAGGCAGUUAACCCCACUGUUCCUAGGCCGUCAUUGAAAAUAAGAAUUUGUUCUUAACUGACUUGCCUAGUUAAAUAAAGGUAAAAUAAAUAAAAUAUAAAUGCCUAGUAGCUCUCCACACUUGUUAUUCUACUUUGUGGGGGGUUAAGUGCCUUGAUCAAGGGCACAACGGCAGGAGAUAGUAGGCCAACAUGGAAUCAGCCUUCUAGUGUCAAUACCACAUUUAUUUAGACUAUUAAAUUGUAUAUAUAGAGACGAAAAGAAAAGAAAAGUUCAAGCGAAGUCAUGAAAAAGUCAUAAAAUUCCAUCUGUCAAAAUGUGCAUGAACAGUGAAUAACCAGGGGUCUCUGUAUAAUCAUUUCAGUUAUGAAUUUUGGUGAACAUAUUCUCAUGGAUGGACUUGAUACAGCUCCUGCACCUCUUCCAUCCCAAGUCAAGCACUGUGGGUAGUAGAGUAGUGUUGUAGUAGGUCGUUACGGAGACAAUACGGUGCAGAGUGUUCCGUUUACCUGCCAGGUGGGGCAAGGAGACUCCCAGCUCCACUAAAACCAUGGACAACUCCGUGCCGUUUAUGCGAUUCAAAGGGAUUCAAACCAGUUGGUUGUAAUAUCUCAUCACCUCUUAAAGACCGUAGUCCAGAACUAUAAAUGUGUCCUUGACCCCGAGCGGCUAAAUUGAACGUGUUGCAACGUAUUGUGACGCUUUACUGGUAACGGCCGAUUUUAUGGAUACUAGAAGUUUUUAUUUUAUUUUUAAAAAAUUAAAAAAUCUUUUCUUCUUUAAAAAAAUAACAAAAAUAGGUAUUUUAUAGUUUGGGCCAAGACUUGGCCAUGAAUGGAGCAUUGAGAACCCCAAAAACAUUCAACAGAAAAGACAAACACAGAAGCACAACAACCAUCCCCUCUUGAACAUCAGUGUUACCUUGACAACUGCUUAGUUACCCUCAGGAAUGGUUCUGCUUAGAGUUGCAAAAUUCUGAAAUCUUUCCCUGAAUUCCACCCCCCCCCCCCCCCCCCCGGGUUUAUUUUUCUUCUUCUUCUUCUUCUUCUUCUCCUCCCCCCCCCCCCCCCCCCCCCCCCCCAGAAAUCCAGGUUGGAGGAUUUUGCAACCCAAGAUAAAAUAAGAGGAGAGAAAAUGGCUUUCCCUUAUUCAACCAAUAAUAAUUAUAUAAAACAACCUACUGUACUCCACAUCAGACUGUACUGUUUAAUACAUCAACAGUAUACAUUAGACAGUCUUUGUUUUGAUGUUUUUGUCGAUAUAUAUGAUUCUUAGCCCUCCCCUUGUGCAUACGGCUGGCUGUAUAUUGCAUCUGCUAAAUGUGGUAACUAGUAAAAGAUGUUGUUAGAUUUUGGGAUCCCUCAUUACCCUCAGAUUUGUAUAUUAGCCAAUUGAUCUACUGAAGGAAGAAAAAAAAAUCGCUACACUUUUUAUUUUGUCAUUGCUAAUAUCUUUUCAGCACAAGGCAUGUAUAUACUGUGUAAGUGCAGAAUUUUUGGUAAUACACAUUUUGACAAUUUCUUUUUUUUUCAUUUUCUUUGACCAUUUUCCAGAUCUCAUCUUUAAUUUAUUUGAUUUCAAAAUGAGGACACUGGUUUGUUGUAGUGUUGGCGGCAUGCUAUGCUGCAGAUCUGAAAGGUGUUGUUGGAGAAAAGAGUGUCAGAGGUCAAUAGGUAAAGUUAGGAAAACACACCACACAUCGUUAGCUAGCUUUGUUAGCUAACUGUUUAGCUAGGUUCAUUAGCUAGCUCCAACACCACACGUCGUUAGCUAGCUCGUUAGCUUGUUUUGUUAGCUAACUGUUUAGCUAGGUUCAUUAGCUAGCUCCAACACCACACGUCGUUAGCUAGGUCGUUAGCUAGUUUUGUUAGCUAACUGUUUAGCUAGGUUCAUUAGCUAGCUCCAACACCACACGUCGUUAGCUAUCUUUGUUAGCUAGCUUCGUUAACUAGCUCCAACAAAAAUCGGGUUGAUCUUUCACAGUCACUACUAGCGAUUAUAUCAUGUUGUCAUUAUCACUUCUGGUAAUAAUAAAGCAUUUACACACGA